AUGGUAAAACUAGUAUUUAUUCUUCUUUUCUCUUGUUCACUUCUACAAACGAGUGAACAACAACGAUACACUCCUAAUUGGGAAUCACUUGAUACACGUCCAUUACCUAAAUGGUAUGAUGAAAGUAAAAUAGGUAUCUUUAUUCAUUGGGGAUUGUACAGUGUUCCAGCUAUGUCUUCCGAAUGGAUGUGGUGGAACUGGAAAGGUACCGAUCCAAGUCCAACUCUUGUUGAUUAUAUGAACAAAAACUAUCCACCAGAUUGGACUUAUGCAAAUUUUGGUCCACAAUUUCGUGCAGAUCUUUAUAGCGAGAAUUAUUCAUGA